CGCCAGGCGGGUCCGCUGCUCAGCCACCGAACGUCGCACGCGUCCCCCGCACUACGCAUGCGCUCCCAGCUCACCGCUACUCGGUCCCUUCCCCCUCCAUGCUCGCCACCAUUCUCCUCAGAGGCCAGGUGAACACGGUGGAAGGGGAGGUCCGCGAGGAGCCCAAGAGGCGAUCUGCCCGCUUGUCUGCUAAACCUGCCCCUGCCAAAGAGGAGCCAAAGCCAAAAAAGCCAGCAGCAAAGAAUAAAUCUGAGGACAAGAAAAUUCAAUCAAAGGGAAAAAAAGGACCAAAAGGAAAACAGACUGAGGAGACUAACCAAGAACAGACAAAGGACAACUUGCCUGCAGAAAAUGGAGAAGCUAAAAGUGAGGAGGCCCCAGUAUCUGAUGCAGCAGGAGAAAAAGAACCCAAGUCUGAGUAAUAUCUUGUACCAAGUCUUUUAUUGGUGGUCCCUGUAUUUUCCUUCUUGUACAAUUCAGAGGAAUAUUUUUAUCAACUAUUUUGUAAAUGCAAGUUUUUUAGUAGUUCUAGAAAACACAUUUUUAAAGAAGAGGGAAUCCCAACACAUCCCAUUUUUUUACAUAUUUAGAUAAGUGUAAAUGCUUUUUUUAAGAGGUAAAAUCAUGUACCGGUUGUCUGUUUUCUGUGCAACCAGACAUUAAUGGAAUGUGAGAUUAGGGGGAGGCUUUGAAGUCUUGAUUAGACUUAACAUUCCAUGAGCUGUGAGGGACAGUUUUUGUAUCCUAUUAAAUGAAGCAUAACACAGAUUAAAUUUUGGAAUCAUAAUGGGUUGAAAAUGUCUUAACAUUUUAAUUACAUAUCAUCUAUACCCACUGUAUCAUCAGUAGAAUUACUUACCUAAUAAAACUGCUCCCUGGUGUUGGAUCUCCCUUUCAGAAUUGUGUAUUAUCUGUGACAAAAUUUAUUUUUGGUAGUAGUAGUUUUAUUUUUUUUAACAAGCUUGUAACUGUGCUGUGAAACUUUGGAAAUCUGUACUGGGUGUGUAGUGAGUGUGUCAUUAAACACUGAAUAGGAACUUUCUGCUUAGCAGACUUCUAACAACUUCAUAUGGCAGUGUUUGAGAUACUGGUACUUCGUGUCCACUUUUAAGGGACAGGUCAUCUUCAAAGGUUAAGGUGAAAAGUCACUGGACAAAAUUUAGAAAAACGGAAAUGUUGUGGUUUUUAGAUUUAAAAUCUACAAGAAUACAAAAUUGUACAAAUUGUUCAUAGUGUGUCUGUGUACUAAUGAUCAAACAAGAGGCAAAUAAAUCUUGGUUUAUAAAAGAA